AUGACUGGUGCCUCUGAAGGCGUUAUUACGCUUCUCCCUUCCAUCUCACAGUUUCUCGCUUUGUUCGAGUCUCCGGCUCUCAGGCUGUUCUUCUCUUCCAAAAACUACGCUGGAACACAUUUCUUCGGUGCUGGUUAUACAAGCCUUCCUAUAUCUGAAGCUCCGGCAGAUGUACCACUGCCUCGGCCGUUUCAGCAUCGCCUUGCUUGGCGCCGAAAGGAUAAGCGCCUGAUGCGAUCCGUUGAUCGCCGACACUAUAAAAUCUGGACGCCUACUGUAUGUUUUCGAUCAUUGAGCAGGUCUCACCCCCAUCUCCAGAGGACACUGUGCGCUGUGCGCUUCUCAUCUUUACGCCUUUCACGACAAAACUUCUUUUCCACUAUGAAGGUCUCUUACAUCGUGUCUCUCAUCCCCAUCUUCGCCUACAUGACCCCCACCGUGUUUGCCGUACCUAUCAGUGGGUACGAGUCCAGUGAUCUUGUGGGUCGCGCUACCUCGAGUGAAAUUGACGUCGUUGUUGCCCGCGCUCUUCUCUCCGAUGAAAUUUUCGUCCGUGGCCUUCUGGACAAGCUGAGGGGAAAGAAGGAGCUGACCCCGGAGCAGCAGAAAGCGAAGAUAAAGAAACUCGAGCAGAAGCUCAAUAAGAAAAUUGGGAAUCACCACGCUAAAGUAGCCAAGAUUAAGGCGGGGGGAACGGGCGCCAAAGCGAGUGUGACGAGCUACAAGGGUGACCCGGCCCACCGUGCGCUGGCGGAGAAGAAGGCGCACCAGGAGUGGAAGUCCAACAAGCAGCUGCAGCAGUUCCCUCAUGUGGAUUUGACUGUGCAUGAAGAACCCGGGAAGAAGCAUAUUAUCGCGAAGUACCAUGAAGGGAAAGGCUUGAAAGGCGCUUCGUCCACGACUCAUUUCUUCCAUCACAAUAAGUAA